UGCAUUGGAUAAGCUCUGCUCUUAAAUCAAAGAAAGUCCCAAUGGACAAAGUUUUUCAUCUUAAUCCCAAAAGAUCAACAUUUCCGCUUUCUUCAUCAUCUUCUGCACACGACUUGAGGCAUUUGGACUUGGAGAAAGAGAAAGAAGACGAGACAUCUCCAAGAGGAGUCUUAGAAGCCUGCAUCAAAGACUAUGACUCUCUUCACCCACAAGAAUCUGAUACCACGUGUUCAAGCUCCAGGGCGCGCUCUCACUGGUCCAAAUUCCUCAAACUUUGGAAAACGAAAUCGGUUAAGCGCCUAACUUCCUUCCAUCCUAUUUCUGUGCCAAAGAUACCGAAGUGGAAAAGCAAAAGCACAAGAGAAAAUGCUGUUCUCUCUAAUCUAUACAACUUCAGGUCUUCUUUGACCACUUUCACUCUCUCUGACCUCAAAUAUGCAACCAACAAUUUUAGCCAUGAGAAUUUAAUUGGAAGAGGUGGAUUUGCCGAGGUUUAUCAGGGGUGUCUACAACAUGGGCAAUUAGUAGCUGUGAAGAAAAUGACAAACGGGACCACAGAUGAAAAGACCGCAGGCUUUCUUUCUGAGUUAGGUGUAAUUGCUCAUGUUGACCAUCCCAAUACUGCCAAGCUAAUUGGAUGUUGUGUAGAGGGAGGAAUGCACCUUGUUUUUGAACUCUCUCCACUGGGAAGUUUAGGAUCUCUUCUUCAUGGUUCAGAGAAAAACAAAUUAGAUUGGAUUAGAAGGUAUAAAAUUGCUCUGGGAAUAGCUGAUGGUCUCCUCUAUUUGCAUGAGAAUUGUCACAGGAGAAUCAUUCACAGAGAUAUUAAGGCAGAAAAUAUUCUGCUCACGGAGAAUUUUGAGCCACAGAUUUGUGAUUUUGGGCUAGCAAAGUGGUUACCAGAACAAUUGACUCAUCAUAAUGUAUCAAAAUUUGAAGGCACAUUUGGAUAUUUUGCUCCAGAAUAUUGCAUGCACGGCAUAGUAGACGAGAAAACUGAUGUUUAUUCAUUUGGGGUCCUACUUUUGGAGAUCAUAACUGGGCGUCCGGCGUUGAAUCAUUUGCAGCAGAGUGUUGUGAUAUGGGCAAAACCUAUGCUUGACUCUAAUCAUAUCAAGGACCUUGUUGAUCCUUCUCUUGGCAAUAAUUAUGACCAAGAACAGAUGAGGCGCUUAGUUUUGACUGCAUCACUGUGUGUUGAUCAAUCUCCUAUCUUACGCCCCCGCAUGAGACAGGUUGUGACAAUGCUAAGAGGUGAUGAGUGUAUCAACGAGUGUAGAAAAGAAGGCCCAAGGAGGCGUCCCCGAAGAACAUACUCAGAAGAGCUACUUGAUGUGCAAGAAUACAACUCCACCAAAUAUCUAAGAGAUCUCAAACGACAUAAGCAGGUUGCCUUGGGUCUUGAUAGCUAAGAACAUCCCUCACCAUUAGUUGCAAAACAUUGAAGGCUAUCUAAAUUAGCAUGGACCAACUUGUAUAGUUUGUUUUGUCAUCCUUAUUAUAUGUACAGGUGAAUGCUUAUAUGAUCAAACUUAGGUAUAGAAUCAUUAGUGUUUUUGGUAUUAUUUUUAAGUUAAAAUUGAAGAAUAGUACAAAAGAUACUUUAUGCUGUCCCUUAAAACUUUUUGGUGUUGCAUCUAUUAAGGGUCUCACAUGAC